AAGCGCUAUAACAAAUAUGCAUGAAAAGGGCGCAUCGCGGUUUGGAGGGGUCUUGUUGCUCCGUUCCUAUUUGAGCCAGGAACAUGGAGUAAAAAAUUUUUAGUUCAGUCCGGACCAGCGGCCAUUUGUAUACCCAUUCGAAAUCUGUCUUACUGGAGCUAUAUUUCAGUAUAUUAAGCAAGGUUUGAACGAAAAACCGGAGUAGGCGCCCAGAAAAUUGUGCGAAUCGAUUAAUUACUUUGGCGAAAGAUUUUAAUCGGGUUGAAAUUAAUGAUCAGCUAAUGUCACCAUUUGUAUGUGCGCCGUUCGGAUGUUAUGUGUAAAAACAAUCACUCUCGUUCGGAUUUUAGGUGCAAAAGUAGCCACCCUUAAUAACUCGGACCUGGAGCGAAACUGAUUCGAUCCACCGUUUGAAAAGUGUUUCUUCGUUUGGAUUUGACGUGCAAAAAACAGGUUUCUCUGGUAGGUUCUAAAGCGUACCAUUUCCAUACCUCAAACUUGUACGAAUCGAUAAUACUUGCCCGAAGUCAGAUAAAUGGAUAAAGUAAAAACGAACUUUUUUAUCCAAUAAUCUUUAUCUGUUGUCGAGAUACGAUUGUUUAAAAGUCAAGCUAGUUGUAGCACGUGAAGUUCGUUCUUUAGUGAACUGAAUGCGCGGUAACGGUUAAAGGUGAAUCAAAUAAACAAAAAGAUGCAUUCUUACGAUACAAUUGAAAAAUCACUGUCAAUAAUUUAGCUUGAUUUCGAUUUUACUUCCAGAAAACAUGUUCUUUGUGAUUUUUAAAAAUUUUUUUUUACGCUCACCACUUCUAUAUUUCAAUGUUUCGAAUUUGUGCGAGCCGGUUCAAAGUUUGUAAGAAGUUAGACAAAUACAUGUAGUUAAUGGCCGUCCUGUUGUUUUGUUAAAGCUUUAUCCGUUGCCACGACAUAAGCAACACAGUUCGAAAAAAAAAAAAAACUUUACGGGAUCAAUCGUCGCCUGAGUCAACAAAAGUCUAUAUUGUUGCCAAGUUAUGACAGUCUGUUGGCAAAAUUAUGGUAGAGUAAAAGUUGAGAACAAGAAUGAAAAUGCUCCUAUCAUAGCAUAAAAAGCGGGAAUAUGUUCUAGGCAGAGUAAGAUGUGUAAAAGAAGGGAACUAGUUUUCAGACUUACCUGGAAGCAUCAAAGACAUUUAAAUUAAAAUAUCUUAACGUAUUCGCCCGUUUUUACGAGUUAACCCCACUUCCCCAGAACAGUGAGCUCUCUUAGCUUCAAGAUGUUGGCACAACUGCAUCUUGCAAUUUAUAAUCGGAAGUCCCUAAUCCCCUGCUCGAAAUCCAGAAGAUUCGCCCGCCAUAGUAACAAUCUAUACUCUCAUAUCGAACUUGAAUGAUACGUUGUGUCACGUUGCACGACAUGACAAAUGCCAUGUUUGAUGACUUGAUGGCAAAUGUCAUGUUAUACGACAUGAUAACGUGUAUCAUGUUACUUUCCUUGGAAAAUUGGAAAUUUGUGGUAAGGUCUUAUGAGACCAAACUGCUGAGGUCAUAGGUCCCUAAGCCUACACAUUACUUACUCUAACACUACUUACGGUAUGGACAACACACACAUCCAUGCCUGAGGGAGGACUCGAACCUCCAACGGGGGAAGCCUCACGGACCGAGCGGCUACCCCGCGCGGCAGGUUACUUUAGUUGACGCGAUACUUUAUGUCACGAAACAAGGCUAUUAAUACUAGUAAGUAAAAGAGCGCGAAUAUGUCCAGACUGUUUAGACUUAAAGGUUCUUGAUUCUUCCAGAAAAAUGGAAAAGCAGGUUCCCUUUUUUCACAUCCGUAACUCUGCCCAGGACAUAUUAACCUUCUUUUGUGCUGUAAUGGGAACAUUUUUUCAUUUCGGUGUAAUAAUAUGAUAAGAAAAUUACGCGCGACCUUCUCGAAGUUUUUCCUGAAAUAUUCCGCCACACGGGCACCUGAGAUCGUGGCCUCAUAAAAGCAUUUUACUACAUUUAACAAUUAUCUUCACCGAAAUUACGUGCAAUCGGGUUAAGUAUUAACUACAAUAGCUACUAUCAUAAUAUUUAUGGCUAUAGAGACACCCCACCACCGGCAUCCAGCCUAUACUUGCGAUAUAAAUUCCAAAUAGAAAUCGGAAUUUCAUUGGUAUAAACAUUUGGUUUCAGCCAGCAAUUUAAUCAUACCAGUUAUCCGAUAACAUUUCCACAAAAUUUACUAAAUAAGGGACUGGUAUUUCAUAGUGUAACACACUCCAUUUCCGUCAGCGUAUUUGGUGAAAGACUUCUGUAUAGCGCUUGUUAAUUGGCUGUAUGAAUUUUCAGACAGCAGAUUUUGGGAGCCGAGGAGUGUAAUACAGCGCAAUUAAGUACAAGCCUGCUUGUACGCAGCCUUCAUAUUGUCCUCGCUUGAACCUUUUUUUUGUGAUUUGCAGACAUUGCAGUCAGUGGAAAUGAAAUGCUGUACAGCUGAAAAACGCAUUGUCAUCGUUAAAACAAUUUACAGGGAAAGUUCUUUAGUGAAACUUCGCGAAUUGCGUACAUUUUCAGUUGCCAAAGCGUAUCGGCUACAGUGACAACUCCGUGGAAAAGUUUCAAGAAAAUAAUUCAGAUGGCAAUACCGGCUUGUCUGCUGAAAAUAUUAUUCCAGUAACUGAGAGAGUAGCCAAAAGAUAAACCUCGACUUGUCGUUGAUCAGAAGAAAUGAUAAUUUCGAGGAGCACCGUGCAGCGAAUUUCAACGAAGGACUUUCAUUUACGCACUUACAUGGUUCAUCUGACGUAACAACUACUGUCAAACGACGAUUUGCAAUAGCUCGGGCCGCAGUAGAAAGUACUUAUCGGUAGAAGCGCCGUAUUUUCCAUCAGCGCGUCGCCCCUUGCCUUGGGGUGGAAAGCGCAUUAUCACCAGGAUGCGGCCGGGGAAAGCGUACCUGACGGGGGGUGAAAGCGCCCCUUCUAGAGAUACCCCGGCCGGCGCCCGAGUCACAGUCCACACGAUGCCGCUGCCCGGGUCGCUGCUGGUGGUACUGGUGCUGUGCGCGUCGCUGGGUCCGCGAGCCGCCUCCGGCCGCCCCCAGGCACCCGCGCCGCCCCCGCAGCCGGUGUCGCCGCACGUGCUGGCCGCCGCCAGCAGGGGCAGCAACCACCACCUGGCCAGGGUGCUCUCCGACGACGGCUUCGUGCGCCGCCAGAUCGAGUGCGUGCUGGGCGACGCCCCCUGCGACGCCCUCGGGCGCAACCUCAAGCGGGUGAUUCCCGAGGUGGUGCUGAACGAUUGCCGGCGGUGCUCGCCGCAGCAGGCGGCCAGCGCGAUGCACCUCAUGGACUUCCUGGACAGCCGGCACCCCGGCGUCUGGCAGGCUGUCCGGGAAAAGUACUCCAGCGGACGCUGACCGUCGCAGUUCUACCUAUCUAACA